UAUCGGGCCCUGAUCUGCCUUGAGGAGCCUGUGGAAUUAAAAAAUGAACUCCACGGAUGUAGCAGACACCACGCCAGAUGAAAGCAUAUACAGCAAUUACUACCUGUAUGAAAGCAUGCCCAAACCUUGCACCAAAGAAGGUAUCAAGGCCUUUGGGGUGCUCUUCCUGCCUCCACUCUACUCCUUGGUCUUUCUGUUUGGUCUGCUUGGAAACUCCGUGGUGGUUCUGGUCCUACUCAGAUACAAGCGCCUCAGGUCCAUGACUGACGUGUACCUGCUCAACCUUGCCAUCUCGGAUCUGCUCUUCGUAUUUUCUCUCCCUUUCUGGGGCUACUAUGCUGCGGACCAGUGGAUUUUUGGACUAGGCCUGUGCAAGAUUAUUUCCUGGAUGUACUUGGUGGGUUUUUAUAGUGGCAUAUUCUUCAUCAUGCUCAUGAGCAUCGAUAGAUACCUGGCCAUUGUGCACGCUGUGUUUUCCUUGAGAGCGAGGACCUUGACUUACGGGGUCAUCACCAGUCUGGCUACAUGGUCAGUGGCUGUAUUUGCCUCUCUUCCUGGCCUUCUGUUCAGUACUUGUUAUACUGAGCGAAACUAUACCUACUGCAAAACCAAGUACUCUGUCAACUCCACGACGUGGAAGGUUCUGAGUUCCCUGGAGAUCAACAUUCUGGGACUGGUGAUCCCCCUGGGGGUCAUGCUCUUUUGCUACUCCACGAUCAUCAAGACCUUGCAGCACUGUAAGAACGAGAAGAAGAACAAGGCGGUGAAGAUGAUCUUUGCCGUGGUGGUCCUCUUCCUUGGGUUCUGGACGCCUUACAACAUAGUGCUGUUCCUGGAGACCCUGGUGGAGCUGGAAGUCCUUCAGGACUGUACCUUUGAAAGAUACCUGGACUAUGCCAUGCAGGCCACAGAAACCCUGGCUUUUGUUCACUGCUGCCUUAAUCCAGUCAUCUACUUUUUUCUGGGGGAGAAAUUUCGCAAGUACAUCAUACAGCUCUUCAAAACCUGCAGGGGCCCUUUUGUACUCUGCCAAUACUGCGGACUCCUCCAAAUUUACCCUGCCGACACCCCCAGCUCAUCUUACACGCAGUCCACUGUGGAUCAUGAUCUCCACGAUGCUCUGUAAAAAAGGAAAAUGCAAAUACAGCCAGUGAGCUUCCCGCGUGCAGAGCUUACUUGAAGUUGUAUUUUAGUAAGAGAUGCCUGAGCCAGUGUCAGGAAGAAGGCUUAACCUCCAUGGUAAAGAGACCCACCCUGCAGUCAGCUUCUCCUCUCCCAGCAGACCAGCCCAGCCCAGCAAAGGACUGAACAGUCCUUCCUCGCACAGACUUGCCUGCAGGGAUAAGUCAAUCCGAGGAGAAUUCUGGGCAGGGUUUCAAUGAGGUUGUGGAUAAUGCUGCAAGAGAAAGACCAUUCCCUUCUAACCAGAACUGACAGUGUUCUCCAGAGGGAAUUGGAGAGCACAGACUGAUGGAGUAAAUUGCUAUCUUCUGCCGUGGAAAAUGGGCUCUGCAAUCAAUUUCUAGCUUUUGUGGAACAAUACAGAAACUUUUGAUAUGCUGUCCUACUGUUUUUUCUGACAUCUCUGGGGCAUGUUAUAUUCCAUGCAGUCAGAAGUAUGUGGAAACAAUCAUGAAGUGAGGAUCUGGGUAAUUCUUUUAUUGUAAAGGAUUAUUUGCUAACUGAAGCCAAUUAUUUUUGUGCUAAUUAGAAGAGUAAGGAUAUGAAGACGUUAGUGUGCUUCGAUUUCCAAACAUGAAUUACAAGACAUUCAAAAUCCUAACAUAAUUGCAAAAAUUCAAACACAGUUUCCUUUGUGGACUUUUCUUUUUUUUCAUACAUUCAGGGUCUCACUCUGUCUCCUAGGCAAGAGUGCAGUGGCAUCAUCAUAGCUCACUGCGACCUGAUACUCCUGGGCACAAGUGAUCCUCCUGCCUCAGCAUCCCCAGUAACUAGGAGUACAGGAGCGCCCCACCAUGCCUGGCUAAUUUUUCUAUUUUUUUGUAGCAAUGGGGUCUCACUGUUGCUCAGGCUGGUCUUGAUCUUUGGCCUCAAGUAAAUCCUCCCAUGUCUGUUUCCCAAAGUGUUGGGAUUACAGGUACAAACCACUGCAUCUGACUCUGUUUUGUUUUAAAUAUAACAGAUGAAAAUUCAAAUUUUAAAAAUAACACAUAGCCCAAGAAUACAUUUGUUUGGGAUCUUUUGCUUGUUUAUAAAUAGUGCCUUCAAAAUUAAAAAUAAGGAGGAUUAGUAAAGUAUAACAAUACUUCCUUAAUCAUUUUGAAGCGCCUGCCAUCAAUUGAGGUAAGACUAAUCAACUAAAAGUUCUUGCUGAUGUGGUAAAAAAAAAAAAAUAGCUGUUAAACAAAUAUGAAAUUCUGAAGAAUGUCAUCUCUCUUAAAAUAUUGGCCCUGUCCUUGUUGUUUAACUUUCGGGUGACUCAAAAGCUUGGUCAGCCAUUUCUUACAAAUUAUUUUACUCAUCUCAAUCAUUUAUACCACUAAGAUCAAUUGCUAUCUCUGCCCUUACGGCUGUCAUUAGAAUUAAGCAAAGAUGUCAACAAGAUCUGGGAGACCUCUAAUUCCUCCCAAAACAAAAACGUAUCUCACAAGCGAUUUACUGAGUUAACCAGUUUCAAAUGCUUCAGUUAUAUUCACACCUUAUUGCAUGCUCUAUCUACAUUUAUGAAGAAUGCAUUUCCAGAAAAUUUUACUUUCAUAAAAGUGU